AUACACAUGCACACGUGCUACUGCUGAUGGUUUGUGUAUUGACAGAUUGCACAUACAAAGUCAUUAAGUAUAUUUUUCUAUUGUUUGACGUUUCAGUUCAAUGAAAACAUUGCAGAUAAUAAUGGUAGCAUAGGAAAUUGUAUUUCGUGAAGUAAAGCAUCAAGAUUUUGUGUAGGACUCAUUACGUUUUUGGAUAUUUUCACGGUGGGAAUUAAUCUUGAUGAGAGUUUGUAUUUUGUACACAUUUGCAAAAGUGAUAUAGUGAUGAAGAGUAAUGUGGCUACUCGAAAAUCGCACACAAUCAAUUUGCAGACCAAUUUGGAUGUAAUCUCGAACGAUUUGAUGCUCGAAUGCAAGUUAUGUAGUACGGGUACGCGACUUACAAAAUCUCUUCGUGAUAAAAUAGCGAAUUUGCCAAAGGAUGCGCGCAAAGAUAUUGUUUCUAGGACACGCGAAGGUUGUGCACCACUGUUCGUAGUAUGCAAACGGGGCAAUCUGGAAAUUGCUGAAUUUUUAAUUACCAUUUGCGGUGCUGACAUUGAACAACGUGGGCUAUUUGAAAAUCCUGAAGAUUCGACCGUACACUUGGUCACACCGUUAUGGUGUGCCUCAGUGUCAGGCAAAUUGCCAGUUGUCAAAUAUUUGGUACGGGUCGGAGCAAAUAUCAAUGCGGUUUCGGAUUCGGGUUCAACAUCAGUUCGAAGCUCAUGUUUCAUGACAAACAUGGAGAUUGUCGAAUUUCUAGUGGAAAAUGGGGCCAACAUCAAAAAACCCAAUUUCAAUGGCGGCACCUGCUUAAUCAACAGUGUUCAAUCCGUUCAAUUGUGUUCGUAUUUGAUUAGCAAAGGAGCUGAUGUUAAUGCCAAAGAUAUCCAAAACAAAACCGCACUACAUUAUGCGAUCCAAGAACAUAGACUCGAAACAACAAAGCUAUUACUGGAUUCUGGUGCUGAUCCAUUUGCGAAAAGUAAAAACGGCGAUGAUGCUUUGCAAAUAGCCUGCUUGAAGGGGGCUCAUGAUAUAUUUCGUCAUCUAAUCGAACGAAUCCCAUACUCAGUUGAACGCUUGGCCAGUGCAAAUGAAUUGAUUGGAUCUACUUACCUGGAUGAGCAUAAUGAAACAACGCUGGCUGUUUUACAUUGGAAGGAAGCGCAUGAGAUCCGUUCAAAAGACUCCAUUUACCGAGCCAAGGAACCUUCGGUGCCGUUACGGCUAGCCUACUGCAAUGUCAUGGAGUUUGCCACGCUCAGCGAACUUGAAAAUAUUUCGACGGAUGUCGAUGCGAUGAGAAUACAAAGUUUGUUAAUUUGUGAACGAGUUCUUGGCAUUCAACACACAGACACACUAUUUAGAUUAAUGUUUCGUGGGGCUUCCUAUGCUGAUUCAUUGAGAUUUCAGCGCUGUAUCGACUUGUGGCGAUUGGCACUCCAAGUGCGCAUAAACACCCAUUCGAUAUUGCAUUCGGACACCUGUUUCACCACACAGGCACUGGUCCGGUUGAUGCUCGAUCUGGAAAACAAAUCCGAUGAAGGUGAAUCAUUUAUUGGAUCCGAUGUACCGAAAUUUGAGGAUGUCUAUGGUGUCUUCACAUUUUUGCACAAAAAUCUAAUCGAGGCCCGAAAAUUGCUACAAAUUCGACCUGUCUAUCGAAAGCAACAAGAAAACUUUGACCGAGUUUUGAAAUGUGUCACCCAUUUGAUCUAUCUGCUUGAAGUGACAUCAAAAACGGCCGAAGAAAAGCAAAUCGUGUGUGAGUCAAUAAGAUCUUUGGUGAAAAGCAACAUACGUAGUGCUUGUACAAAUGAUACUCUUCUACAUCUGUGUGUAUCUCGACUUAACAUAAUCAAAAGUGGAUAUUUCAAUGAUGGAACUGGAAUGCGGGGAAUUUUCCCAAAUUUGAAGGUUGUUAAACUAUUGCUGGAAUGUGAUGCAGAAGUAAACGCCAAAAAUGAAUCCAAAUCUACAGCUUUGCAUGUUGCAUCGAAUCCAUAUAACUAUGUGGGCGAGGUUGUUCGAGUGUUACUGGACUACGGUGCACAUUUAGAUCAACCAAAUCGAGCUGGCGAGCAUCCUCACUAUCUCAUCGCAUUCAAUUCAUCAAAUACAAUCCCAAUAAUAAAUUACACCUCACUUAAGUGUAUAGUUGCAUCAACAAUCAUCAAAAAUAGGAUCCACUAUAAAAAUCAAAUACCAAAAACAUUAGAGGAAUUUGUUCAACUGCAUGAGCCAUAAGCAGCAGCCGUUGCCAUUGCAGCAACAGCAUAAUUCUCACUCAUCAAAUGGCAUGCAAAACCCUAAGUUAAAUUUUAAUGUGUAAUUUUUCGAAGACUGUACUGAGAUAGUGAAAAGAUGAUUUAACAGGAAAUUCAUUUGUUCAUACACGAUUCACCUGCAUCUAUACUUGAAUCUCUGGUAAAAUCACACGUGUAACAUGUGAUGUGAUCGCUUAUAAGACCUUGACACUAAUAUUUUAUUGGUUCUAAGCGAUUACUGCCCAAUGCAGGCAGUAAUCGUAUUGUUUGUUCUGCAUUGAAUAUCAAGCAUCUAGUUGACACAUAAAUAAUACUCUUAAGACAACAAUAAAAUUAAACACAGCCUAAUCAACUCCAGCUUUGUGUGAACGUUUAGUUUUUUAGUGCCAUCAAUCGCUUCUAUAUUAUAUUUAUAUGAAGAGCUCUGGAAAGAAAAAACUUAAAAAUGGAAUUUAUACUAAACACAUUAUUAAAAUGUCCAUUGUCCACCAACAUGAUAUGGUGUUGUAUUUAAAAAAAAAACAUGAAUUUCAUGGAAAAAAAAAAUUCCUUAAGCCAAACAGUAAUUUACAACUUUUGUGGUGUAUUUUUUCAAUGUAUUUUUGUUUGUUUGUGUGAUUCAAUUUACCUCAACGAAUGAUUUUUACGUUUUUUUUUUGUUUGAGUUUCAUUUGUGUCGCUCAAAUAGAUUCAGUUGGUAUUUUGUUUCAAUUUGUGAUUUUUCAGUAUUUUCUUUCUCAAUAUUUUGAAAAUGGUUUCCCAUUUUUCUUUUAAUUACUUUUAUCAUGCAGUUAAUGUCUUCUAUGAUUUUGUGAAAUUUUGCGAUUGAACUGGAACAAACUAAUGACAUAACAAAUUAUCAAGAAAAAAAAACUGUGGAUUCAAAAUCUAGAAUAUUUAACAAUGUGCAAAAAUAAAUAAAUAAACAAAAAAAACUAUAUAUUCAUAAAUUUCGCAAUUCCCAACAGUGGCAGACAUACCUAUUACAUAUACAUAUAUAAACACAUGCAUACAAUUGAAAAUGUUAUACAAUAAAAAAUGUAUCUAUUGCUGAUAAACAAAGGAAAAACAAAUAUGUAAAUAUAUUUUUAACAUGAUUUAAA